CAGCUGAUCGGCUUCAGUGCGCAGACUAACGUCGAAUGCGAAGCACGACGAUCAAAGAUUGGCAAAUAACGAUUUACCGUUUACCAAGAACUAGCAAAUUGAUCCAUCGAAAAAUAAUAAUAGGCAAAUCAAAGACAGAGUGAAAAAAGAGUGUGAGCGCGAAGAGGAGACAGCUGCGUGACUUAAAAGCCGAUAAGAUUAAUUUAAUUAAAAACGUGAACUAAAUUGUCUUCUGACAAAAAAGUUCAAAUUGACUAAAGACAAAAAAAAAAAAAAACUCUGACGUGUUUCUACCUAAAAUGUAGACAGACUGCAACAAAAACAACAACAAAAAGUGAAUUUAAACAAGUGUGUAAUAAUUAAGAGCAGAACAGGAAAACUUCUGUUGCAAGAUCAAGAUGUAUGUGGCAAACACGACUGGCGGCUUAAUGCUGCAAACGAUGCUCUAUUUGGCAAAUCACACAAGUCGUGCGGCAGUCAACACAUUAAUCGAUCUGCCACCGGCGCCCAAAAGUGAUAUCAAUGAAGUGAAAUGCUUUGGUGUCUACGGCUGUUUCCCCAUCAACGGGCCGUGGAACACAGUGACGCGGACGAUAAGUGUGCAUCCGCAGAAGCCGUCGGAGAUUGAGCCCCAUUUUACGCUGCACACGAAAAGCUCGCUGGAUCAGCCUAAGUACAUCGAUCUCAAUGAUCCGGAUGCUGUGCAGGGAUUGGCCAUCAGUCGACGGGCCAAGAUAUAUUUAAUUGUACAUGGGUAUCUGGAGUCGGGUACCAUGCCCUGGAUGCUGGAAAUGGCUGAGGCACUGCUCACCCAUUGUCCGGCCGAGGAUGAGUGCGCCGUAAUCCUGGUUGAUUGGGGCGGCGGAUCGAGUCCGCCAUAUGUCCAGGCCGUGGCGAAUAUACGCCUGGUGGGAGCGAUAACAGCGCAUGUGAUCCACCUGCUCUACGAGGAACUGCGUCUGCCCAAUCUGGACAAUGUCCACAUCAUCGGGCACUCCCUGGGCGCUCAUCUCUCCGGCUAUGCGGGCACCCACCUACAGCGUGACUUUGGCCUCAAAUUGGGACGCAUUUCCGGCCUGGAUCCGGCUGCACCACUCUUCACGGACACCGAUCCGAUUGUGAGACUGGAUCGCUCCGAUGCCCACUUUGUGGAUGUGAUCCACACGGAUGCGAAUCCGCUGAUGAAGGGCGGACUGGGCAUCAUUCAGCGCUUGGGCCACGUCGACUUCUAUCCGAAUGGUGGCUUCGACAAUCCCGGCUGCGACAAGAAGCUGCAGGACGUGAUGAAGAGCAACCGCAAGGCGACACUCUUCACCACCAUGCAGGAGUUCCUCGGCUGCAAUCACAUUCGCAGCGAGCAAUACUACACGGAGACUAUCGUCGGCGGGAAGUGUCCUUUUCUGGGCAUCAGCUGUGACUCCUUCGAUAGCUUUAAGGAUGUCAAGUGCGGAAGCUGCGAGGAGCCGGGAAGUAUCUGCAUGCGCAUGGGUUUCCACAGCGAGCAGGAUUAUCGCAAGCAUCUGGCGAGGGGUGUGGUCAAAUCGGAGGAUGCCCCGCCAGUCUUCUAUCUGAUGACGGGCGAUCGCAAACCCUUCUGCCGUCAGCACUACAAGAUCACCGUGCGUGUCUCCAGUCACGACGAGAGCAAUCUCCAUGGCGGCGAGGUGGGCACCCUCUCCAUUCGCCUGCACGAGGAUCACAAGCGGAUUGGGAAUGGGAACAACAACAAGCGGAGCACGGAACGCAUGAAAUUCUCGCCGAAGGCCAUGUACUUUGAGCCGGGCUUUGAGUAUACAUCGCUGGUGCCUGGCCGGGAUCUGCAUGAGCCGGGACAUGCGACAGUCUUCUGGGAAUAUCAGACGAAUAUUCUGAAUCCGUUGACGUGGCGCAUUCUCUCCUCGCCGCGCAUCUAUCUGGAGUAUAUUCUGAUCGAGUCGCUGGAGUCGAGUGAUUUGUAUUUGAAGCUGUGUCCGCUGCACGAGGGCGCCAUUCUCUCCGGUGCGGAAAAUGUGCUGCACACCAAAUAUUGCAAGGAUUGAACAUUUAGCCAAUUUCACAACCAUUUCGCCAGCACAUAACCGAACCGGAAAGCUCUCUGUCGCGCUCAAAAGCAGGCAAUAGUUUUUUCAGUCAUAGCGCAGCUUACAACCAUCCAAUCGACAUGUGUGUGUCUUUGCUAGCUGCCAGCAAACUGUUCCCAUUGUUUAGUGCGGACACACACCCGACGCACACAACCAAGCAAAAAAAAUCAAAGGAAUUUUGUAUUUUUUGAUAGUAUUUUGAUUAUCGCAUAAGUUAUUUGAAAUUAUUAAUUUGAAACGGAGGCGGAGGAGCACAAAGUUAUUAAUCUAUCUAUUUAUGAUUAAGCACUAAAUCUAACUGUUAUUUAUACUACAAUUUUUGUUGUGUUUUUUUUUUCUUAGCCUACUUAAUUAGCGUAUUUAUGAAUAAAAAGUAAAGAAACGA